GACAAAGAGAGGCUAGACUUAUAUAUGAAGUUACUGGCUGGUGUAUGAAUAACCCUAGACUUGGACUAUACGGAAGUAGUCAGACAUGUUAUAACUUGCCUCUACCAAAUCCUACUGUUCGGGGUCCAGAUGCUUCCGUUGUUCUCGCAACAAGAUGGAAUGCAUUAUCGGUUAAUGAUCAAAACGAAGCGUUUCCCUCAGUUGCCCCAAAUUUUGUUGCGGAAAUACGUUCAGAUAACGAUUCUGAGGAUUAUUGUCACCGAAAAAUGAUAGAUUUUAUGAAUGCAGAUGUUGAAGAAGGUAUUUUGAUUGAUCCCCUCAAUCAAACUGUAACAGUAUAUCGAGUUCAACAAGACAAUAUUGUUAUGAACGUGCGAAGAAAUCCUCGUACUUUUACUUCUCGAAUUCUUAACGGAUUCGUUUUAGACUUGCAGG